CGGUGAGUACUUGGACGAUAGUCGUCUCGUCUCCAGUACAACGCGAAUGUGGAAACACUGUAGCUAAAGAGUGAAGGACUGUAGAAUUGGAGUGGAAUCCCUUGUGGAUUACGUCGCAGUAGCUAGCUACAAUAUAAAAAGGACAUUUCAUCCAAGAGUUACCCACAUUUCAAGAGAAGAAGAAAGCCUUAUUUAGGAAUCUUAUGGACGAAGAAAUGAGUCGCCAGACCGCCACAGCGCUGCCCACAGGAACCUCCAAGUGUGCCCCCUCCCAGCGCGUCCCCACCCUGUCCGGCACUACGGCCUCUAACAGCGACCUGGCCAGCCUGUUUGAGUGCCCCGUCUGCUUCGACUAUGUGCUGCCCCCUAUCCUGCAGUGCCAGAGCGGCCACCUGGUCUGCAGCAACUGCCGACCCAAGCUCACCUGCUGCCCCACCUGCCGGGGCCCACUGGGCUCCAUCAGGAACCUGGCCAUGGAGAAGGUGGCCAACUCUGUGCUGUUUCCCUGCAAGUAUGCGUCGUCGGGCUGCGAGGUGACGCUGCCCCACACAGACAAGGCAGAGCACGAGGAGCUGUGUGAGUUCCGGCCGUACUCCUGUCCCUGCCCAGGGGCCUCCUGUAAGUGGCAGGGCUCGUUGGACGCGGUCAUGCCCCACCUCAUGCACCAGCACAAAUCCAUCACCACGCUGCAGGGCGAGGACAUCGUGUUCCUUGCCACGGACAUUAACCUGCCUGGGGCAGUGGACUGGGUCAUGAUGCAAUCCUGCUUCGGAUUCCACUUCAUGCUGGUCCUGGAGAAGCAGGAGAAGUACGACGGUCACCAGCAAUUCUUUGCCAUCGUGCAGCUGAUCGGCACGCGGAAGCAGGCUGAAAACUUUGCCUACCGCCUGGAGCUCAACGGGCACCGGCGACGGCUCACCUGGGAGGCCACGCCCCGCUCCAUCCACGAGGGCAUCGCCACUGCCAUUAUGAACAGCGACUGCCUAGUGUUUGACACCUCCAUCGCGCAGCUGUUCGCUGAGAACGGAAACCUGGGCAUCAACGUCACCAUAUCCAUGUGCUGAGGACUGUCAAGUGGACAGCCACUAACACACACACACACACACACACACACACACACACACACACACACACACACUUUCUCUCACACUUUCUCUCACACACACACACAUACUCGGACACAUUUCAGACACUACAGGACACCUGGAGUUGUACCUGGGGGGUUUGGAGGGGGGCAGGAUCUUUCCCAGGGAACCUGUUGUCUUCGAACAAUGUGAUUUAGAACGUUCAGAUCGGUUAGAUUGAUAAAAACAAUGGGAUUCAAUUUUAAGCUUCAUUACAAUAUUAGUUCUGUAACUAAAGUAAAGGUAUCCUUUUUUUACCUUUAAUGUUCUGAGAAUAAUCCAGCAUUGCCCCUUGAACCCAGAGCACACACUUCAACAGGUGGGCUCAGUUUGCAGUCUUUCUUUGCAGAGGGAAGCUGGCAGAAGGGGCUCAGGGGAUAGACACUGUGGGAGGAGUCAAUUUGAGGGAGGAUGGGGAAUAAAAAUAACUUAUUUUUUUGAAGAUGUUGCUUUUCAGCUUAGUCAAAGUGAAACUAACUUCUUUUGAGUUCCAUUAUUGUUUUGGUUUUUAGUUCUGUCCCCCCCCCCCCCUCAUUGGAUGAGAAGAGAAGGUCCUGGUAUUGUGUGCACAGACAUUGGCUGAGACGAAGCUAGUUUGGUCUCUCUCUGGAGUCUAACAGUUUUAGCCUAAACCACUGAAUAUCUGACCAGGAAUGGGGACAAUUUCUACAGUUAUAUUAUUAUUAUUAUUGUUCAAUGGAGAUUAUCAUUUUUUUGUAAGGACUUUUAAUGAAUGAAAAAGGCUGUAACCUUGUGGCUAAUCUUCAGUGUUUGUAGAUAAAUUGUGUCGUUCUUUCGAAGACUUCAAUGUAUUUUAUUUUGUAAAUUAGAUUUUUCUCUUCGUUUUGUCAGUCUUUGUCUACAUUCUGUUUGAGGAGUGGGUGACGCAAAGCCAAACAUCUCUGGAUACGUAGAACUGUUGCUGGUCCCAUUAUUUUGUUUUAUUUUGUCAUUAAAUAAAUCUAUCUUUUUCAUACCUUGUGCAA